UAAUCCAACUGCUAGUGUUAACUGAAUCAGAGGCGAAACUCGAUAACAACAGGAGGAGGUUUAAAAGAAAAGCACUGAAACCUGUUCCUAUUGUCUUCCUGCAACCUAAAGAAGAAAAGACAUGGCGUUUCGAGGGAGGGAGAUGAUGAAGAAAGUAAUAAAGAAGGUUGGAGAGAACAACCUGGCUCCAGGAGUAAAACAAUCUCUUCAGAAAUGCAUUCCAGACAGCAAGGUCGUUAUGAACCGAGCCAAACGCGGUCUCUUCGCUGGAAAACACAUCCAGUUCGGCAAUCGCGUCAGCGAGGACGGCGGCAACAAGUCAAGGAGGUUCUGGAAGCCCAAUGUCCAGGAGAAGCGGCUCUUUAGUUACAUAUUAGACCGCCACAUUAGAGUCAAAGUCACUACCCAUGCUCUUCGCUGCAUAGAUAAGGCAGGGGGCAUUGAUGAGUAUCUGCUGAAGACUCCUUACCAUAAGAUGGAUACAGAAAUGGGUCUUUUCUGGAAGAGCAAGAUUGAGAAGCUGCAUGAAGAGCUUGGGAAGAUGGAGGUAGUAUUCUUUUCUCCAGAAGAUGAAGCCAAGUUUGAACAGGGUUUUAAAGACCUGAAACUUGCCAAGAGGGCAGCCCGUAGGGAACUCAGAAGACAGAUGUAUGGAGGUUCUAGCAAACAAACACAAACCGAGGAAGGAACCACAGAUAGUCCGGUAACUGAUGAGGAAGCUGCAACCUCUGGGUAAGGAAGCCAACAUCAUGAUGUUCAUGAGCAGUUCGUUGCCAACUCCUGAGACUCAAGUUUGGACCUCCACACUUGCUGGGGAUGUUGAAAUUUUUGUAGUUGUUAUUCAGUUUUGCAUUGUAAUUUUUGUUUUAUGCU